UGGGCGCGGGAUGGCGGCGCUGGGCGCGCUGGUGAAGAAGGCGUGGAGCGUGCGGCGCUUCGUGGUGCUGCUGUGCGCGCCGCUGGCGCUGCUGCCCGUCCUGCUCAGCCUCCCCCCCAAGGAAGGAAGAUGUCUCUAUGUGAUCCUGCUGAUGGCCCUGUACUGGUGCACGGAGGCGCUGCCCCUGGCUGUGACAGCUCUGCUGCCCAUCGUCCUCUUUCCCUUCCUGGGCAUCCUCCCAUCUAACAAAGUUUGCCCACAAUACUUUUUAGACACCAAUUUCCUCUUCCUCAGUGGUUUAAUCAUGGCCUCGGCCAUCGAGGAGUGGAAUUUACACCGCAGGAUUGCUCUCCGUGUCCUCAUGCUGGUGGGAGUGCAGCCAGCCAGACUAAUCUUAGGGAUGAUGUUGACAACGUCCUUCCUGUCCAUGUGGUUAAGUAACACUGCCUCCACUGCUAUGAUGCUUCCAAUUGCAAAUGCAAUUUUAAAAAGCCUCUUUGGGGAAAAAGACACAUCUAAGGAUAUGAACAGGGAAAAUGAAGAAAGCCAAGCAUGUUUACAGCAGAAUAAAAUUUACACUGUACCAACUGAGAUGCAGUUUCUGGCAAGUACUGAGGACAAAGAUCUGGCGGAGGAGAAGGAGCUUUCCAGUGAUGCUCUCUCAGACUUAAAGAAGGAGGAGGAGUACAAAACAAACAUAUGGAAAGGUUUCCUCAUCUCAAUCCCAUAUGCAGCCAGCAUUGGAGGUACAGCAACGCUGACAGGAACUGCACCAAACCUCAUCCUGCUGGGACAGCUGAAGAGUUAUUUUCCAGAAUGUGAUGUGGUGAACUUUGGUUCUUGGUUUAUGUUUGCAUUUCCUUUAAUGCUGAUUUUUCUUCUCAUGGGAUGGCUAUGGAUCUCCAUCCUGUAUGGAGGAAUUAACCUGAGGGGCUGGAAAACAAAAAAGUCAAAUAUAAGAGUGGAUGCAGAAGCCCGAGCCAAGGAGGUGAUAAAGGAGGACUAUCAGAAACUGGGUCCAACAAAGUUUGCAGAACAGGCAAUUUUCUUCUUCUUCUGCAUGUUUGCAAUCAUGCUGUUCUCCAGGGAUCCCAAAUUCAUUCCAGGUUGGGCCAGCUUGUUUGCACCAGGGUUUAUCUCAGAUGCAGUUACAGGAAUCACCAUUGUGAUUAUACUGUUCUUCUUCCCUUCACAAAAACCUUCCUUCAGGUGGUGGUUUGACUUGAAAGCACCAAACACAGAGACCCAGCCCUUGCUGACUUGGAGGAAGGCCCAGGAGACCGUGCCCUGGAACAUCAUCCUGCUGCUUGGAGGAGGCUUUGCCAUGGCCAAGGGCUGUGAGGAGUCUGGCUUGUCAGUGUGGAUAGGAGGCCGUCUGCAUCCCCUGGAGGGUGUGCCACCUCCCGUUGCUGUCAUCCUCAUCACCGUUGUCAUCGCCUUGUUCACGGAGUUUGCCAGCAACACUGCCACUAUCAUCAUCUUCCUGCCCAUCUUGGCAGAGCUGGCCAUCCGUCUGAAAGUAAAUCCCCUCUAUUUAAUGAUACCAGGAACUAUAGGAUGCUCCUAUGCAUUCAUGUUGCCAGUCUCAACACCUCCCAAUUCAAUUGCAUUUUCCUCUGGACAUUUGAUGGUCAAGGAUAUGGCAAGAACUGGGUUGCUCAUGAACCUUAUGGGAGUUCUGCUUCUCAGCUUGGCUAUGAACACAUGGGCCAAGAGCAUCUUCCAGCUGGGGACCUUCCCUGCAUGGGCCAACAUCCAUGCAGAAAAUGCCACCUCACUUGUGACAGCUGUAGAAAAUGUCACUUUAAGUGCACUAAAUAAAAUAUGAACAAAGCCACCCCCGGGGAAGGACUCACUCACUUAGGACUGGGGCACUGGAAUCGUCAGAGUUUGCACAGGAGGAAAAGCCACGUGGCCACUCACACUGUGUGGGACCUUCUGGUUUAAUUUUGUUUUUAGAAAUUCUGGUCAGUGUCACAACAUCCAUUUGUUAUUUUCUCUGGAGAUCUUUCCCCACCUUUUGCAGGUACAAAUCCGACUCUCCCAGAGUCCUCCUGCCACAGGUGGUUGUUAACUGGACAACCUGUAAGCAUGGAGCAUCUUUGGGUAGAUGCCUGUCCCCCCAUGAGAGCUGAUGAGCCUUGCUGCUCCAGCUUCUGAUACCCUACCUUGUUUUGGAAAUCUGCCCUGGAAACAGGGUGGAGGAAACUGGAUUAUUUAUGUGCAAGUCAAUGUGAGUGAGUGUAUCAGAAUCUGGCCGGGGAGGAGGCGGCGUGGCCGGUGCUCCUGGCAGGGCGUUAGGCUGGGGUCUCACUGCCAUCUCAUGAGGAAUUCUCUUAUGGAGGAUGAAGAGUAUUUCUGCAGGUCUGUGUGUGAAGGGAUGACUCGGGAGAUGUGUCAGCAGGACUCGGUGCAUUGCUCCAUGCUUUGGAAACUGGAGGCCACAGUUUGUUUC